AUGGUCAUUGCCAUUAAAGUUAUUGCUGGGUUUCCUGUACAGAUGAAUGACUCAGAUCACUCGCUAUUUCAGCAUUCAUUUCAAGGAUGCAUGCAGUUUAUUCACGUGGAUGAUCAGCUGGUGGAUUUGCACGCAGUGGAGCAAGGCCAGCUGGGAAGCUUUGCCAAUGUCACCAUUGACAUGUGUGCCAUUAUUGACAGGUGUGUGCCCAAUCACUGUGAACACGGUGGCAAAUGCACCCAGACGUGGGACAGCUUCAAGUGCACUUGUGAUGGAACUGGAUACAGUGGCGCCACUUGUCAUAACUCUAUUUAUGAGCUCUCUUGUGAAGCAUACAAACACUUGGGCAAAACUUCAAAUUACUACUGGAUAGAUCCAGAUGGCAGUGGGGCGCUGGGACCUUUGAAAGUUUACUGCAACAUGACAGAGGAUAAAGUAUGGACAACUGUGUACCAUGAUCUGCAAAUGCAGACUUCUGUGGGAGGCAACAGCCUGGAGAAGUUGUCUGUACUACAGCUCAAUUACAGUGCAACGAUGGACCAGAUUUCUGCCAUUACCAGUAGUGCUGAAUACUGUGAGCAGUUUAUCUCCUAUUCUUGCAAGAUGUCGCGGCUGCUGAAUACACCAGAAGGGAAUCCGUAUACCUGGUGGGUUGGAAAAGCCAAUGAGAAGCACUACUAUUGGGGCGGAUCAGGACCUGGCAUUCAAAAAUGUGCCUGCGGCAUCGAACGCAACUGUACUGAUCCCAAGUACUACUGCAACUGUGAUGCUGAUUAUAAGCAAUGGAGAAAAGACACUGGGAUGUUGUCAUACAAAGAGCACCUACCAGUGAGUCAGGUAGUGGUUGGAGACAUUGACCGGCCUGGGUCUGAAGCCAAGAUAUCUGUGGGUCCUGUGCGUUGUCAAGGAGAUGGGAAUUACUGGAACGCGGCUUCUUUCGUCACUUCAUCAUCCUACCUUCACUUCUCCACCUUCCAAGGAGAAACCAGCGCAGACAUCUCUUUCUAUUUCAAAACAUCGGCCUCGGACGGGGUGUUUCUUGAGAAUCUGGGGAACACUGACUUCAUCAAACUAGAGCUGAAAUCUGCUACGGAGGUUUCCUUUUCAUUUGAUGUUGGAAAUGGGCCGGUGGAAAUUGUCGUUAGAUCUCCCAACCAGCUCAAUGAUGACCAGUGGCAUCGGGUCAAUGCCGAGAGGAAUGUCAAACAGGCCAGCCUGCAGGUAGACCAGUUACCCCUGGAGGUCCGGAAAGCACCAACAGAAGGACACACGCGACUGGAAUUGUACAGCCAGCUCUAUGUUGGUGCUGCAGGAGGCCAGCGAGGCUUCCUAGGUUGCAUUCGUUCAUUAAGGAUGAAUGGGGUGACGCUGGACCUGGAAGAGAGAGCAAAAGUCACGCCAGGGGUGAAGCCUGGCUGCUCUGGCCAUUGCACGAGCUAUGGGAUGUACUGCGCGAAUGGCGGUAAAUGUGUCGAGAAAUACAACGGCUACUCCUGUGACUGCUCCAAAACUGCCUAUGAUGGACCAUUUUGCAUUAAAGAUGUUGGAGCAUUUUUUGAAGAGGGAAUGUGGCUUCGUUACAACUUCCACUCCCCAGGGACUAGCAUGAAGGAUUUAGUUAGCCGAACGCUUUUGAGUUCUACAGAUCCUGAGAGUAUAGCGCCCGACCUCAACUUGAAUAAAGAAGAGCUCAGCUUCAGCUUCAGUACCACCAAGUCCCCUUGUGUCCUAUUGUACAUCAGCUCCUAUACCCAAGACUUCAUGGCUGUGCUUGUCAAGCCGUCUGGGAAUCUGCAAAUUCGAUACAGCCUGGGAGGCACCAAAGAGCCAUAUAACAUUGAUGUUGACCACAGAAACAUGGCAAAUGGACAGCCGCAUACUGUUAACAUCACACGGAAUGGACGGGACAUAGUGCUGCAGCUUGAUCACUAUCCUCCAACAAGUUACAGCCUGCCAGCAGCAUCUGACAUUCAGUUCAAUUCCCCAAAGGCACUAUUCCUAGGAAAAGUUAUAGAAAUUGGGAAGAUUGACCAAGAUAUAUAUAAAUACAACACCCCAGGAUUCACUGGCUGCCUAUCGAGAGUACAGUUCAACCAGAUUGCUCCACUCAAAGCAGCUCUGAGACCUACCAACGCCUCCUCUCACGUCCACAUCCAAGGAGAACUGGUGGAAUCCAACUGCGGAGCAUCUCCACUCACCAUCCCACCAAUGUCGGCCGCUACCGACCCGUGGCACUUAGACUCAGCCAGUGCUGAUUUCCCAUACAACGGUCAAGCUAUAGGAGAUGGAGUUAACAGAAACUCUGCCAUUAUUGGAGGUGUCAUCGCAGUGGUGAUCUUCACCAUCCUCUGCACCUUGGUGUUCCUGAUCCGCUACAUGUUUCGCCACAAGGGAACCUACCACACCAACGAGGCCAAAGGGGCAGAGUCAGCUGAGAGCGCUGACGCCGCCAUCAUGAACAAUGACCCCAACUUCACGGAGACCAUUGACGAGAGCAAGAAGGAAUGGCUUAUCUAA